GCGGUUCAGCGCCGGAACGGAGCUUUACUCUAAUAUGGAAUUUCACGGCAUGGACGUGGGAGGCGAUGUGAACUUAUGCACACUUCUCUGACCUCCUAGGUAACACACCGAUCAGGGGAGGCAGAACUCAAACCACCUCUAGAGGGUUUCCACAUUAUUUUCCCUUGAGCGGACUGGAAUGCAAAGAUGCCAGUCUUGGAGAAAGAGACGGCCAGAGACCGAGACAGCCAACAGGUGUUGCAAAAGGUCCCUGUGCCCCCACUGAAACAAACCCUUGACACGUACUUGAAGUGCGUCCAGCACCUGGUGAAGGCGGAGCAGUUUCAGAAAACAAAGGCCAUCGUGGAGAAGUUUGGGGCUCCUGGAGGUGUCGGAGAGGUUCUCCAGAAGAAGCUGUUAGAGAGGAGGGACAAGACGACCAACUGGGUCUAUGACUACUGGCUGGACGACAUGUACUUGAACAACAGGUUGGCCCUACCGGUCAACUCCAGUCCGGUCAUGGUGUUUCCUAAGCAGACGUUCAGAGAUCAUAAAGAUGCCCUCAGAUUUGCAGCUCGUCUCAUCAGAGGAGUGUUGGAGUAUAAGCGACUCAUUGACGAGCGAGCACUACCAUUGGAUUUUGCUCGAGGCCAGUUAGCUGGAACCCCUCUGUGCAUGGAGCAGUACUACCGCCUCUUCACCUCCUACCGCUACCCGGGGCUAAAGACAGACACGCUGAAGGUCCAGAUGAAUGCAGCCUCCUCAGCACAGGAGCACAUUAUUGUGGCGUGCAAGAACCAGUUUUUCGUGUUGGAUGUAGUCGCAAAGAGCAAGCACCUCAACGAGACGGAGAUCUUAUCCCAGCUGGAGAAGAUCAUGAAAAUGGCAGAAAACGCUGAAGAGAGACUCCCUCCUUUUGGUAUCCUGACGUCCGAUGGGAGAACAGAAUGGGCACAAGCCAGAGAUGCGCUAACAAAAGAUCAAACUAACAGGGACUCUCUGGCCCUGAUUGAGAGCUGUCUGUGUGUGGUGUGUCUGGAUGAACCCAGCGGUCUGGUGCCCAGUGAUACCAACAGGGCCCUGCUGAUGCUCCAUGGUGGCGGUCGAGACAAGAACGGGGCAAACCGCUGGUAUGACAAGUCAAUGCAGUUUGUUGUAGGAAUGGACGGGAUAUGUGGAGUCGUGUGCGAACAUUCGCCAUUUGAAGGAAUAGUUCUGGUGCAGUGCUCUGAAUACUUGAUGAAAUAUAUAACGGGGAGUCCCUCCAAGAUGGCAAGUACAUCCAGCAUCAGAGAGCUCCCCCCUCCAAGAAGACUGCUCUGGAAAUGCAACCCGCACAUUCAGGGACUCCUAGCAGCAUCUGGAGACAGACUCCAGAGGCUGGUGAAUAAUCUUGACAUGGAUGUUUUCAAGUUUAAAGAUUAUGGAAAAGAAUUCAUCAAAAAGCAGAAGAUGAGUCCAGAUGCAUUUAUACAAGUUGCCUUACAACUUGCAUUUUACAAAUGCAAUAGAAGGCUCGUAUCCACUUAUGAAAGCGCGUCCAUUCGGCGCUUCCAAGAGGGUCGGGUGGAUAACAUUCGCUCUGCCACCGCUGAGGCCUUGGCCUUCGUGAUGUCCAUGACAGAUGAGAGGGCCACUUUCACUGACUCAGAAAAAACAAAACGACUGAGGGAUGCAAUUAAUGCCCAGACAAAUUACACAGUUGCAGCUAUUACAGGAAUGGCAAUAGACAAUCAUCUCCUUGGGCUUCUGAGGAUUUCAAAGGAGCUCAACAUGGAGAAGCCAGAGAUCUUCUGUGAUGAGACGUAUCUGGCCAGCAACCAGUUCAUCCUCUCUACCAGUCAGGUUCCUACCACAGUGGAAAUGUUCUGUUGCUACGGCCCAGUGGUACCCAACGGCUACGGCGCCUGCUACAACCCGCAGUCAGACCACAUCAUCUUCUGCGUGUCUAGUUUCUGGGAGAACACAGAAACGAGCUCGGCCGUUUUCGUCAAAGCCCUGAACGAGGGCCUGCUGGAAAUCAGGGACCUGUGCAAUAGAAGCAGCGCUGCAGCUACCAAACUGGCUGAUAGCAGCCAGGGAGCCAGCCAGCCUCAUAAAUCAGGGAAGUAA